AAUAUUAGUAUAUAAUGUUGUACACUAUAUAGUACAUGAAACACAUUGACAAACUUUACCUCAAAACCUCGUUAUUUAGCUCCGACAAAUCUGCUGGGCUAGAAAUCCAAGAUGAGAUUUCUGUUCAUCCCUUCAGUACUUUUACUCUUUCUUUGUUCAUGUCAAACAGCAAAAGCUGAUGAUGAAAUCGACAAUUUCUUGAAUGCUGCCAAUAUUAGUACCACUAGUUCAGUUGGAGCCACAAUGCUUGCUUCUGGUUGCAACAUUUUCAGAGGCAAAUGGGUAUAUGAUGCUCAAUAUCCCCUCUAUGAUUAUGCAUCAUGUCCCUUCAUUGAUACAGAAUUCAACUGUCUCCUCUACAAGAGGCCUGACAAGUUGUACCUCAAAUACAGGUGGCAACCAUUUUCAUGUAACCUCCCAAGGUUUAAUGGGCUGUAUUUCUUGGAGAAAUGGAGGGGGAAGAACAUCAUGUUUGUUGGCGAUUCAUUGAGUUUCAACAUGUGGGCAUCUUUGGGUUGCAUGAUUCACUCUUGGGCGCCGAAGGCUAGGUACAGUCUGAUAACGAAAGAGGUGCUUUCUGAAAUUGCAUUUCUGGAUUAUAAUGUUAGGAUACUACUAUAUCGCACCCCAUACCUGGUGGAUAUGGUGAAGGAAAAGGAGGGCGUAGUUCUAAAGCUGGACUCCAUUAGGGGUGGAGAUGCAUGGAGAGGGAUGGACCUUCUAAUUUUCAACUCUUGGCAUUGGUGGACCCAUACUGGAAGAUCCCAGCCAUGGGAUUACAUACAAGAUGGCGUCAAAGUUCAGAAAGAUAUGAACCGUCUGAUUGCUUACUACAUAGGGAUGACAACAUGGGCCAGAUGGGUCGACCGGAACGUCGAUCCUUCCAAAACUAAAGUCAUCUUCCAAGGAAUUUCCCCUACUCACUACUUGGGCAGGGAAUGGAAUGCACCGUCAAGAUCCUGUGCUGGCGAGACACAGCCAUACUUUGGUGCAAGGUAUCCGGCAGGCACACCAUUGGCUUCAAUAAUUCUGAACAAAGUGCUGAGCAGAAUCAAGAAACCAGUUUAUUUAUUGGACAUCACAACACUUUCACAAUAUCGCAAGGAUGCACAUCCAACAUACUACAGUGAGAACAAAGGCCUGGACUGCAGCCAUUGGUGUCUGCCUGGAUUGCCUGAUACUUGGAAUGAACUUCUUUAUGCAGCUCUUUUUGGUUGAUGGGGAAGAUACAGAAAAAAGGGGUAGCAGGAAUGAACUCUGACUGAUACUUAGUUCAUCAACAGAAAGAAAUGUCCAUUGUUUAAGGGUAGAAAUUGGCUCUAUUCUAUUUAUCUCAUGCAAUGCAAGGGAAUAAUUUGAUCACUGUUUGAUUGUUUCAAUUGUAAAGUGGAGACUAAAGGGGCUUUUUGGCAUGAGAGGAUGCCUGACUAAGAAGUUGUUCUCAUUUUUUGAGAAUUUUUAAUGUUAUUGGAUUAUUUUUAGGCCAAUUUCAGGCAACUAUAGCA